CCGUUGUCUGAAAAAAUAAUAUUUCACUUAAAUAUUGUAGUUCGUGCGCGAUUUUUCUACUUACAACUAGAUAUAUAAGUGCUUUAAGAUCUUAUUAAUCCGGUUUUUUUUUCUGUGGCUGCACUCAAGGUGGCUGUAGCUAAUAAGUGUCCACGAAUGAGAGCGUAAAGCAGAUGGCGAAGAGCGUCCCGCGCAUCAGUGUGUGUGUGCGCGUGAAUGAGAAGUAGAAAGCGGCGGUAAAAACCUUGUUCGCGUGUAAAAACCUACUCAUCUAAGACAAGAUACUUAAUAAAUAAUAUUUUCGCUUGUAUAUAUCGAGUGGAAAAAGUGUGAAAAAUAUCCUUGAGUGUACCCAAUCUUCGCCAGCAGCGCAGCAAGCGAUAGAAAAUAGCAGACGAAAACAAAACGCGUCCCCCAGAACCGCCGAUAGCGAGGAAUGCCAGCGUCAGACCACCAGCGCGACAUGAGUUUUGAGUGGUUACUGCCAGAAUUGUUGAAUUGCUUUUAACUUGUUGCCUACGUAAGGGAAUACGUAGAGAAAACCACCGCCAGUAUCCCUCCCUGAUCGCAGUCCAGCCGCAGAUAUGAAUAGUCGCCUGCAAAAGCAGCCGGCUGAGAUGCCGGGAAAAUUAAAGUCCGGCGGCCGAAAGUCGCGCCGCAAGGCGGCCUUGGUGUCGGCGGAGUUGAUUACUGGCCCAGAAGGUGCCGAUGAAGUGCAUCGCAAGAAUGGCCAUGCCACAAAUGGUGGCGGCAAGCGCCGGCGGGCCAACAAAGGUGGCAAUCCGCCCCUCCUGACCAACGGUGACAGCAAGAGGAGCAAAAUGAAGCAACAGAAUCCGGGCAGCGAGAGCCAGCAGGCCGUCGUCUCCACCAAGAGAACCAACAAAAAAAAGUAUAUUGCCUGCAGCAACAACAACAACAACAGUAACAGCAGGAACAUUAAUGUGAGCAACGGCCAACACAACAUCAACAGCAACAACAAGAAGGCCACCAGCGCCAUCAACACCCCAUCGCCAUCGCCUCCAAAAGGGGCUGCGGCAACAGCAAAAAGGCAAGACUACAACUACCGCGACACCAUAUCGCCACCCACACCGAUCUUGCCGGCCUCACCCCCACCGAUCUUGCCGGCCUCACCCCCACCCAAUGUGGCGGAGAUAGUGUGCAUUUCGGAUGCAGAGUCCGAGGAGAACGAGCCGGCGGACUACUUUGACAGGGACACGGAGGAGGAGGACGAGGAGCCAGACGUGUUGGAAGUGGAGGACGAGGUGGUUCUGGUGAACGACACAGCCUCUACUCCCAUGAAAAAACUGCAGCUAAAGAACGUUAAUCCGAAGAACAUAGCUGCAGCAGCCGCAGCAGCAGCGGCGGCCGCAGAAGCGGCAGCUGCCGCAGCAGAAGUGGCUGCGGCAGCAGCAGCCGCAUUGCCCAACUUUGGCAUCCCCACCAGCAACAGCACUCCGCUGGAUCUUAACAACGAGGCGCACCAGAAGGACCUGGAAUCCGUGACAGAUCUUCGGUCCUACGUAAAACUAUACAGUGAUGAGGCAGUGAGUCUAGUCGACUUUAAAAUAAUACGUGUCCUGGGCACGGGCGCGUAUGGACGAGUUUUCCUUGUGCGAAAACUGACCCGUCACGAUGCUGGCCAGUUGUAUGCCAUGAAGGUCCUAAACAAGAUAACCGUAGUGCAGAAGCGUAAGACGGCCGAGCAUACCAAAACAGAGCGUGUGGUACUAGAAGCCGUACAGCGCAGCCCCUUCCUGGUCGGCCUCCACUAUGCGUUCCAGUCAUCAUCGAAGCUGUACUUGGUUCUCGACUUUGCCAAGGGCGGGGAACUGUUCACCCAUUUGUACCAUGCCGAGCAGUUCGAUGAGUCGCGCGUGCGCGUCUAUGUUGCCGAGGUGGUGUUGGCGGUGGAGCAACUGCAUCAGCUGGGCAUCAUUUAUCGCGACAUAAAGCUCGAGAACAUCCUUCUGGAUGGAGACGGACACAUUGUCCUGUCCGACUUUGGGCUGUCGAAGAUCCUAUCGGAAGAGAAUGAUCACCGGGCACACAGCUUCUGUGGCACCCUGGAGUACAUGGCACCGGAGAUCAUACGCACUGGGCCGCCGGGUCACGACAGUGCCGUCGAUUGGUGGUCUGUGGGUGUUCUGACCUUUGAACUGCUCACCGGAGGACCACCCUUUUCCACCUCUGAUGGCCAGAGCCAGCAGUCGGAGAUCUCAAGGCGCAUACAAAGGGAUCAGCCGCCAAUACCGCCAACGUUCAGCGCGGCUGCCAAAGACUUUGUGCUCAAAAUGCUGGAGAAGAACCCCAAGCUGCGUCUGGGCAAGAACGAUCGCGAUGCCAAAGAGAUCAAGCAGCAUCCCUUCUUCCAUGGCAUCAACUGGCACGACCUGCGCGCCAAGCGCCGCAAGGCCCCAUACAAGCCCGUGCUCACAUGCGAGGAUGACGUCCAGAACUUCAGCAGCGAGUUCACCGAACAGCCGCCAGAGGACAUCGAAUGCGAUGCACCCCCCAGUCGCAUUCGCCUUUUCCGGGGAUAUACCUAUGUGGCGCCCGAGCAUUUGGAACAAAUGCGCAGAGACAACAACUGCCACAUUGAAUAUUGUAACAAAGGAUUACUGCAUAUGCCGUCAAGACCGCAAGAUCUCGACCUGGGCAGCCGCACGGCGGGUGGAUCCUACGGUACCUGCUACUUUGCCGUGGACAGCACCAACGAUAUGAUAUUCAUGGUCAAGGUUGUCCCACUCUCAAAGUUUCGUGCAUCCGAAGUAGACGCCCUGACCUCCUGCGCCAUGAUAAAUGAUGGCCACCAGAAUAUUGUCCAAUAUCUGGGCACCUUCCGGGACAAGUGCGACACAUGGAUCCUCACAGAGUUCCUUGUCGGCGAGGAGCUUUCGGCGCCCAUCAAACGCAACGCCCUGAACGAGCGCACCUGCCGUGAGCUCUUUCGGCAGAUUCUGGAGGCGGUGCGUCACAUUCACUCGAAAAAGUUCAUACACGGUGACGUGAAGCCCGAGAACAUUGUGUUCGAGAGUCGCGAUGAUAUGGUGGUGAAGCUGGUUGACUUUGGCAGUGCCUGUUACAGCAGCAAUUUCACGAGCUGGCAGGACAAGCCGCGCUACACUCUGGACUAUGCACCGCCCGAGAUGCUCAAGGAUCCCAAUAUGGUCACGUAUACGCCGGCCGUCGAUGUCUACGGGCUUGGCGCGACGCUGUACACGAUGCUGGUGGGCCAUCCGCCCUAUCGCCAGGAUCAGGAGGACACGGAACACACUCCAGAAAUUCAUCACCAGUUGCGGCGACGCAUGCAGAGCGAGACGUUCAAUCAUGAAUCGAAGCUCUGGCUAAAUGCCAGCCCGGAGUUCCGCCAUCUGGUAGAGUGCUGCAUGCUGCCCGAUCCCGCCGAUCGUCCGCAACUGAAUGAUAUUUUGGCGAGCGACUGGGUGUGCGGUGUAGGUAGCGACAUGGACGUCGAAUUCAUUGUGCCAUCCUCGCCACAGCAGCUUAAGGAGGAGGUAGAGGAGAAGGAGGAGGCAGCGGAGGUAGAGAAAGAGGAGGAGGUAGAGGAGGUAGAGGAGGGGGAGGUGGUUUAUGAAGAUGAAUCAAUGUCGACACCAGGUAUGUCACCCGAACAUGAGUCCGAUCCCGAGGACAUCAACAUGCUCGAAGAGCCCGUGCCGGCUAUAGCAGCACCGAGCGAAUUGUUCUUGCCUCGUCGCAGACUCUCCCGGGUGACAUCCAACGAUGAAGAUUUCCUCGGCUUCAAUGAGGAUCGGCCGCCACUAUAUAUGCCCCCCGAAUAUCUGAUCCAGCCAGUGGGCUAUGAGGAAACGCCCCACGAAAUAUUGCCGCCGCCGCCGCCGCUUUCUCCAGUUGCUGUUGCUCCAGCUUUUGCACUAAAAACAGAACCCGAAGAGAUAAAAAUCAAACGGCCAAGAACUCGUCAGCAACGGCGAACCGAGUGCCAUGUACCGUUGCCAUGUCCGCCUGUUGUGGUAAGGAAUGAAGUUCCCCCAGACACGGAGGACACCAAGGUCGGUCUCCAAUUUCUGAUGAUACACGUGCCGCCACCGAAAGACGAACCCCGCACAACCAUGACCAGUAAAACAAUAAUAGCAGCCCGAAUCGAACGCCCACAGCCCGCCCCGAAAGCCCGCAAAACGGGCCGCCCAACGAAUGACGAUGAGAAUCUUUACGGCUUUAGCAAGACGCAAGCUUCGUGGCGAAAAUCGCGGGCUAGCUGGCGACAAUUCUGCCUACUCAUCAACGGUGCCCAGCAGGUGCUGAAGCAUCGCUUCAAGGAACAUCGUCGCGUAUACUGCGUUCCGCGUAUUAAAUCCGAGAUCAAAGACGACGAUGAAAUCGUGACGCCUCAGAUAUAUCCCCGACCGAAGGUGAGAAAGCAGCGGGCACCCAAGGUGCCGCGACUGCCGACUCGUGUGCAGCCAGAGAGGGCGCGGGCCUUGCGCCAGCAGUACGUGUUCGAAUGACCUCGUGCCGCCGAUCAGUGCUUAGGCCAAGAAGAGGCGAAGAGUAGUGUCGUGGAGGCGCCGGAGCACGAUGCGAAAGGAGCGGAAGCUAAAAGGCGCCAACUGCAAGCGGUGCUGGCGGCGACCAUGCAGUGGGCGUCUGGCUCUGAAAAGCAACAAGACAGCUGACGACAGAUGAGGACUGGUAGCAAAGCAACGGGGACAACUAUGACUAGGCCGCAGCGAUUAAUAAGUAUCUAACUGCCACACAACGACCCACACACACAACACACAGGACACACACACACACACACACACUAACACUGAAAGUAAGAGUAGAAGGAUCCGCAAGGAGCACCAAAGAUCCUGUCAAGAUUUGUUAUAUACUAUAAUAGAUAAUAGAAAACCUUAUUACAUAAGUUUAGGACAUCUCUUUGCAAACUAUUUACGCGGAAAACUGCUAACGAUCCCGCGAACUUGCAAGAAAGGGAGAUGAGCGCUAAGAGUAGACCGGGCAACAAUCCUUAUAAAAAUGUAUUCUAUAUGCGAUAUGUUGUGCUAGUUAACUUUUAAAUAGCCUAAUUGUAAUUACAAAUUCAGUAAUAAAUAGGGAAUCCACACGCUAAUCGCACGCUUAUUGUUUAUGCGGAGAUCUUGAGAUCAAUUUAGGUGCGAUAGCAGACAAUGUAACAAUCACUAAAAUCAUUAAUCAGUUAAUCAGAUCUAUAGUUAUUCGUUAAGCUACAAAAGGACACGCCACACCAUACCACACGACACAGACACCAUCCAACGAAUUCUUUAAGUUUGGCUCCUAAGUUCGUUAGACAUAUUUCUAAUUCAGAUACAGCUUUCUCCACAACCACUCAAUAUUAUCAAAAUCAUCAUCAUCAUCAUCAACAUCAUCACCCAUAUAUGUAUAAACAUCACUGCAUCAACAAAUCAUAUGUUCAAGUUUUGCCAAUGAUAAUCAGAAUAGGGACCAGUCCUGCUCUUGAUUGCGAAUAGAUCGGAUCUGGUUUUGUCCUCCUCCUGCUGCUUGCAAUGCCCUUGACCUUGACUUGUUCUCCUCCUGAUGAAUUUGGCAACACUAACAAACUAAUCGCUCUAUUUUCUGCGUAUUAGUCCAUGAGAUCGUUGCUAUCGGGGUUGUGAAGCGUCUGCAAAAAUGAUCUUUUUUGUUGUUUUAUUUUAUCAAGAGCCUGCGUCUCGUCAUCGUAAAAGAAUCAUUUAAUUCUAACUACGAACUAUGCAUAUGCCUAUUUACACACCAAUCCAUAUUUAUACCAGCUAUCUGAGAACACUAGGAUUAACCACAAAAACUUUUUUGUUUUAGUAACCGAUACUCAAAGAGUAUAGGGAUUUUUAAAUGUUGUUUGUAAUUUGUUUUUUUAAUAUUUUUGUUGUAUUUUUGUUGGCCGCAUUUGGACUUUUUCACCACCCAUACACAACCCUCCGCUAACACACAAACAAAAUACUAACACACAUAUCGAAUCGUACUUUUGUAAAUUUUGCUAUAGAGUCGAUUAAAGAUUGAUGAUGAAAACACUCAUGGUGUAAAUUUUAGUAUAAAAGAAGUAACAAUUUAUAUUAAAGUUGCCUUUAAACCAGUUGCCUUAGAACGAACACACACACACACACACAGAAACAGAAACACAAAAACACAAAUGUAAAACCAAAACUCCAAGAAGACGUCGCAAUAAAAUGGUGUACAAAUGUGCAAGAAAAAAACAAGUGGAAGCUGUUUGGCAAGAGUUUUUUAUAUGAAGAAACGAAACGAACGAGCAAACGAAGGAACCACAACAAGAGCAAAAGCAAUUCGUGGUAGUUUAAGGACACACAUGUAGAAUAAGCGAUAGAUCUACAUACAAUUAUUAAAAUAUAAAAAUAUAUUAAAACAUAAAAUACAUAAAAAAAAUGGGAUGCAACUAGUUUACUGUAAGAAUAAAGCAAUCAAUCGUUU